AAUUGAAUUAACCAUGUUGAAAACAAAUUAACAAAAUUUGUUCUGUCCUAGAUUUCCAAAAGUGCAGUAAACCAUAGAAAAUAUUACACAAUUUAUACGUGACACAAUAUAAUUGGGUGUUUAAAUAUUUAUUCUUGAGAUUGAUUGUUUUAUUAUAAUUGAAUUAGCACAUUCGAGAUAAAAAUCACUCAAAAAAGACAAAAACAUUGUUGAACCACCACACAAUAACAUGUUGAAAACCUUCGAGGGCGUGGUGCCCUUCGUCAAACGAUUAUCGGCACAAACCUACAACAUCGACAAUUGGGUAUUCAAAUUGCACUAUAGAUUUACGUUUUUCGUUUUCAUUAUCUCCACCAUUCUCGUUUGUUCGAGACAGUACAUUGGAGAACAUAUACAUUGUAUCGCCGAUCAAGGAGUUCCCGAAAGAGUUAUGAACACUUAUUGCUUUUUUACGACAACUUUUACUUUGAUAAAAGAUUUAGAUGCUAAACGUCUAGACAUGGAAAACUUACCUCAUCCCGGAGUGGGUAAUUACGGAAUCAAUUCCAAAGAAGAAAUUAAGCGACACGCUUACUAUCAAUGGGUACCUUUUGUACUGUUUGGUCAAGGGAUUAUGUUCUAUCUUACGCAUAUUCUAUGGAAAAAGUUGGAAGGGGGCAGAAUCAAAUAUUUGGUCGACGGGUUGCAACUGGCGGCAUUUGCCCUGCAAGAUAAAAAUAUCAAAGUGGCCAGCAACAAUAUACCAACGAAACAAGACAAGCAGGACAAAAUUAAAACCAUAAGGAAGGCGUUCAUCGAGAGAAUAUACAUCAGCGGUUCUUGGUCGUUGAAUUUGAUGUUUUGCGAAACUUUGAAUUUGUUGAAUGUUAUAUUGCAAAUUUAUAUAGCUGAUAUGUUUUUGAGCAAUCAGUUUCUUCAUUUGGGCGCCGACGUUUGGAGGGAAGGACUUGAAUCCAGUGUGGAUCCUUUAGAUGAAGUUUUUCCCAAGGUAACAAAAUGUACAUUCCACAAAUACGGUCCUUCAGGUUCAAUACAGUGGCACGACGCAAUGUGUAUUAUGGCCCUCAAUAUCAUCAAUGACAAAAUCUACACGUUUCUUUGGUUCUGGUUUGUGGUACUUUUCAUUUGUACCGCUAUGGCACUAGUAUGGAGGUUAAUCACUGUUCUUUUACAUGCCAAAAGUAAACUUUUUAACCGACUGGUAUUUGCCUACACGUGUCCAGGAAAAAUCAACCCCUGGGACGUUUUAACAGUUUCCAAAUACUGCAGCUAUACUGAUUGGCUGUUUUUGAAAUACUUAUCCAAAAACCUGGAUGGUUUGGUGUUCAGGGAGAUCAUCAUAGGCUUAGCAGAGGAAUUAGAAGACGAGAAUACGGAACCCUCAAAGCAAUCCUUACUAAGUAAUUCAUCAACAGCUGAAGAAAAUGUAUAUAAAUUAGAUUGAAAGACUGAAUAUUGUUGGCAAUUAAACAAAAACAAGUUUUACCUAAGUAUAUGUGAUAAUUACAUUGUAUAGUUUUUAGUGCUUAAUAAAUUUAUAACAAAAUU